AAACAAGUCGGCUGCCCGGCACCCCUUGUAACAUAGAGCUUACCUGCCACUGUAAGGUACAAUACCUGGCAUUACAGGUACCUAAGGUUAGGUCUUCCCCGUACGUGUGUUAGGCACGUAAAGUUUAGUAGUCUCCACGUUCCGUUCCCGCCUAGCGAUCGGCUAAAAUAGGUAGCAGCCAGUGUGACCAAACCACAAACUGUUCCAAUUGAGUUUGGUCUCAUCUUCAUCCUGGAAUCUGUCCAUUAUCAUCACCAGAAACGGUCAUCUCACAUUUCAAAACUCUGGUAUAACCUCUCACUUUCUUUUAAUACCGAGCUCACUAGCUUCCCUCAUCCACAUGAUUAGAUCUACCAACCGUGGGCGACGGGAAGCUGGGCAGAUCCCGACACAUGUCGAGCAGCGCAAGACAUGGCAUAUUUGAGUGGUUACCCUACACGACCCUCGUCUACUGCUUCGUCAUCCACAAUAAAUCCAAAUCAGAAUGAGAGGCUCAGCAGUUUCGACGGCAUUGACGAUGAUUAUAAGUCUCGGCAAAUUGCUGUAGGCGAAGGCAAUGUUGGGGGCGUCGAGGAACGCGAUGGACUACUAGAGAAGGGAACUGGCUACCAAAUUACCCAGACUCCCCCAGAAAGUCGUUUUGGCUGGGCCAUUUUCUGGAUAGUAGUAAACACUUUAGCGACGAUAGGAAUUGUUUUCACAAACAAGGCCAUCUUCUCAGACCCUUCUUUGAAGCUCGCGCAGUUAUCAUUUGCUGCUUUCCACUUCUUUAUGACGUGGUUGCUUCUUUUCACAUUGUCGCGACCUCGCUUCGCGUACUUCACUUCUCGUCGUAUUGCUCUGCGAGAUAUUAUCCCCCUUUCUGUCGCCAUGUCACUGAACGUUAUCCUCCCAAAUUUAUCGUUAGCCUUUUCUUCCGUUACUUUCUAUCAGGUCGCGCGCAUUCUACUUACUCCAACUGUUGCAACUAUGGAUCUUCUUUUAUAUAGAUCCAUGUUACCUCGAAAUGCUAUUCUAGCUCUUAUCCCUGCUUGCUUAGGUGUUGGUAUGGUUUCUUAUUAUGACUCGCUCCCGACGAAUGGCGCCAAUGUCAAGAGCACGUCAAGUUUGGGCGUUGUAUUCGCAUUCAGUGGCAUAUUCGCCUCGUCGCUAUAUACCGUAUGGAUCAAAAGCUAUCAGCGGAAGCUGAAAGUGUCGAGCAUGCAACUGCUCUUCAACCAGGCGCCGGUUUCAGCAUUCCUCCUACUUUAUGUCAUCCCUUUCGUGGAUACGUUCCCCACAUGGACGGAAGUCCCGAAAGCUCGGUGGCUCAUGAUAUUAACGUCUGGCGUUUUUGCCGCUUUGAUCAAUCUAUCUCAAUUUUUCAUUAUCGGACAAACAGGACCAGUUUCAAGCACUGUUGUAGGACACCUAAAGACAUGUCUCAUAGUGGCAUUGGGCUGGGCUACAUCUGGUAGGUCCGUUGGCGACAAAUCAAUCAUAGGCGUAUUCAUUGCGAUAGGAGGUAUUGUCACGUAUUCAAUUGUGAUGCUACGGCAGGCAACUCGCGGAUGAAGGGUAGCACGGUACGAAUAGGGGUUAUUGUUCCGUUGGAGAAUUGGGGAAAUAGAAUAGCAGCUCUAGUGGGCUAGUAGAGGCUCAUGUAAGAGGUAUAUUAUUAGAUCACAUGGUUCUUGGCUUUGUGGUGAUAUAAAGAAGGGUUUUACAAUUGGCACGGCGUUAUUUGUUAGUAUUUCUCCCAUAUUUUACAUCCAUAUACUCCAAGGCUUUAAAACCAAUGAUUUAUUCUGAUAUCUUCGAUGAGCCCGGUGGGAGGCUAAAUAAGGACAAAUUCUAGAGUACGG